UGAACAGCACAAGUGUACACUGAGGGAGUGGUGAGCCUGCGUCAUACCUUCAACUUUCCUUCUCACUCUUCUAAUCUCGUUUUAGCCUAGUAAAUAGUUUAUUGUCCGUUGACUAAGUGGGAAAAUCCAAUGGGAAAUGUACUACCGCAAAGCGGAACUUUUUGAUCAUACACGCACCGCGGACUAUUCAACAGGGAGAGCAGCCGAGGAAGAUUUAUAGAAGAAUUUCAUGGAUAUUUUAUUUUAGCAAAAACCUUUUUUUUCUUCUCACCGGAAUAUCAUCCACAGGCUGUCCAUCUUCCUAGAGAAGGGUGUUUCCGCGGUAUGUCUGAGGGCUCGAGGCGAUCCUUCACUCACGAGACGAGACGAGAUGAGACAGCAGGUGCUCGCGCUCAGCGCGCUCGUGUUUCUCUGUGCACCUCAGCCUGUAACUACACAAACACAAGAAGUUUGCACAGGCACCAAGAAUGCUCUCAGCUCCACAGGCACGCCUGCACAACACUACAACAACCUAAAGGAGCGCUACACCGGAUGUGAGAUCGUCAUGGGCAAUCUUGAGAUCACACAGAUGGAGAGUGACCUCGACUUCUCCUUUCUUGGUAGUAUCCGAGAGGUCACAGGUUACAUCCUCAUUGCUAUGAACCAGUUCAGCAGGUUGCCGCUGGACCAACUAAGAGUGAUUCGUGGUAGCAGCCUGUAUGAGAAGGAAUGGGCCCUUUCUGUCUUCCAUAAUUUUGAGAGUCACAGUGGCCUGGAAGAUCUGGACCUCACCAACCUCACAGAGAUCUUGGAAGGAGGAGUACAGAUUGUCCAUAACAGGAAUCUCAGUUAUGCUCCAUGGAUCAACUGGCGGGACAUUGUCAGAGACAGUGAUGCUCGCAUCCAGAUCCAGAACAACGGAAGAAGAGGUUUGUGCAUUCACACCUUGAUUGGGUGGUUAUUGAUGGAGAGUGAUUCGUCUGUGUGUAUUUCAGUGACAAAAACAGUGUGUGCACCUCAGUGUCAUGGCCACUGUUUUGGGACCAACCCUAAUGAGUGCUGCCACACAGAGUGUGCUGGAGGCUGCAUUGGACCAAGAGACACAGACUGCUUUGCCUGUCGACAUGUCAAUCAUUCAGGCGCCUGCGUCCCUCACUGCCCUUGGCCUCUGGUGUACAACCGACAGACCUUUCAGCUGGAGCCCAACUCUGAAGCCAUGUAUCAGUACGGUUCCAUCUGCGUACCCAAAUGUCCUGGUCACUUUAUUGUGGAUGGCAGUGCAUGUGUGAGCAGUUGCCCUCCUGGUAAAAGAGAAAAAAAGAAAAAUGGCAUUAAGCAGUGUGAACCUUGCAUUGGCCUGUGCCCCAAAGUAUGUGAGGGAACGGGAGCCAAUCAUAGACAGACAGUGGACUCCAGUAACAUAGACAGCUUUAUCAACUGUACCAAGAUCCAAGGAAGUCUACAUUUUCUGAUCUUAGGUAUCAAAGGAGACGUCUAUCAUAGCAUACCACCUCUGGAGCCUGAAAAACUCAAUGUGUUUAACACUGUCAGAGAAAUUACUGUUUUUGUUACGGAAAUCACUGUGGAUCUGUCCCUUCCUUCGUUCAUUCUCCCUUUUUUGCUCCAAUUUCUCAUUCAUUUCAUCCUCUUCAUCAGGCCCUUCUCUUUGUUGGUGAUGAAGAUUCCCUCUCUCACGUCUCUAGGACUGCGUUCCUUGCGUGAAAUCAGUGAUGGCAGUGUGUACAUCACUCAAAAUAAAAACCUGUGUUAUCAUCACAACGUUAACUGGACCCAGAUUGUCACCAGUAACUGUGAUAAUGACAUCAAGGACAACAAACCCCAGAUCAAGUGUGAGGAAGAGGGCCAUGUGUGUGACCCACUGUGCUCAGACGCAGGAUGUUGGGGCCCGGGGCCUGAGCAGUGUUUGUCGUGCAGGAACCACAGUCGGCAUGGCACCUGUGUAUCCCACUGCAACCUCUACUCUGGAGAGCCACGGGAGUUUGCAGCAUCAAAUGGAGAGUGCCUUGCUUGUCACCCUGAGUGUUUACCCCAAAAUGGAAAACGGACAUGCAAAGGAAAAGGUGCUGAUCAGUGUGUAGCAUGUUCGAACCUGAUGGAUGGCCCUCACUGUGUUUCUGCUUGUCCUAAUGGAGUGAAUGGGGAAAAGGGUCAGACCAUUUUUAAAUAUCCAAAUGCAGAUGGUCAUUGUGAGCCCUGUCACCUCAACUGCACAAGAGGAUGCACAGGCUCUGCACUCACAAACUGUAUAGCGCUCGACAGACUUGUGAACAGUUCUCAAAUCGCAGGUAUAUCAGUUGCUGUGUUUGCUGGUAUCAUCGUGCUCCUGGCACUGUUUGUGCUUGGUUUGCUGUAUCACAGAGGCCUGGCCAUCCGCCGCAAAAGAGCACUGAGAAGGUACCUGGAGAGUGGCGAGAGCAUGGAGCCGCUGGAUCCAGGAGAGAAGGGGACAAAAGUGCAUGCUCGCAUCCUAAAACCACAAGAGCUGCGAAAGGGCAAACUUCUGGGCUACGGAGUCUUUGGCACUGUGAAUAAGGGCUUUUGGAUUCCUGAAAGAGACUCUGUAAAGAUCCCUGUGGCAAUAAAGACCAUCCAGGACCGCAGUGGCCAGCAGACCUUCACAGAGAUUACUGAUCACAUGCUGGCGAUGGGAAGCCUGGAUCACCCGUAUAUAGUGCGUCUCCUUGGGAUCUGUCUGGGAACGAGUCUGCAGCUAGUCACCCAGCUCAGUCCUCACGGAUCCUUACUGCAACACCUUCGCCAACACAAAGACCGCCUGGAUCCCCAGCGUCUGCUUAACUGGUGUGUGCAGAUUGCAAAGGGAAUGUAUUAUCUUGAGGAGCACUGCAUAGCCCAUAGGAACCUCGCUGCACGAAACGUGCUGCUUAAGAGUGACUACAUAGUACAGAUCUCAGACUUCGGGGUGGUAGACCUGCUGUAUCCAGAUGAUAAGAAAUAUGUGUACAGUGAACACAAGAUGCCAAUCAAAUGGAUGGCAUUAGAGAGCAUCCUCUUCAGAAGAUACACUCAUCAGAGUGAUGUGUGGAGCUACGGGGUGACUGUAUGGGAGAUGAUGUCAGAUGGAGCCGAGCCAUAUGCAUCCAUGCAUCCUCAUGAUGUGCCAGGUCUACUGGAGAAAGGAGAGCGACUGGCUCAACCACAGAUCUGCACCAUAGAUGUCUACAUGGUCAUGGUCAAGUGCUGGAUGAUUGAUGAGAAUGUAAGGCCUACAUUUAAAGAGCUCGCCAGUGAAUUUACGAGAAUGGCAAGGGAUCCGCCACGAUACCUUGUGGUGAAACCUCCUCAGAAUUGCGUUGGUGCAGAUGAAAGCCACCAACGAUAUGUUAAAAGCUCUCAUUUAGAGGCAAACUUGGAGGAGGAUGAUGAUGAUGAUGAGGUAUUGCAGGAUGGGUUUGCUACUCCUCCCCUCCAGCUGUCACCAACUAGAAGUCAUUCUCGCCUCCGUAUGGCCUCCUACAAGGGCACCACAGAACACACAACACCGAUAGGCUAUCUCCCCAUGACCCCAGGAGAAGACCAUAGACAGAUGAGUGCCCAGAGGAGAAAGACGGGCUCAGUGAGGACAGAGUCAGAGUGCUCAGAGGGCAGAGGAACCAUGGUGGACAUUGAAAUGGCUUCUCAAACAGGUAGCUUACGCAGAGGCCGCAGACUUAUGGACAGCGCCUACAUUUCCACCAGUGUGUCUGUGGCCUCAGAUCCGUUUUCUUCAGGUCUGGAAGGUGUAGACGAGGACCAUUAUGGAUAUGUGUUGCCUACAGAAAGAGGUUCCAGAAGCACUGUUCCUCAUGAUAGGGCAUCCAGAAACUCCAAGAGUGCUCUUCCGCCACCAAAAACAGAUGUACAAGAGUAUGAGCUAAUGAAAAAACAGCCCCCUCGGCUUUCUACUUCACCCACAGACAGCACUGAUGGUUCAUCAGCACUGUGCAACCCAUCCUCCUCUGCUUCUCCCUACACAUGCAGCGUUUUACUACAGAAGAGAGACACUGACUCAACACAAACCGAACAGUCAGAUAAGGGUGCCAGUCCGCCUGAAGGGGACAUUGUGGAGUCUGCUGCUGCUGCUUGUGAAUACAGUCUGGUUGGAACAGUAACAUGUACUGACCAGAACCAGUCUGAGAGCAGCCCUGUAAAGGAAGAGCCACCAACAGAGCCACAGCCACAAGAAGCAGUGGUCGAUUAUGUAUACAUGGACAUACGGACAGACAUAACCCAGCAAAACAGUCCCGUGAGCAGUCCAGAUGAAGUGGAGCGUGACAGCAGAGAAGCAAUUUACCAAAAUGUAAGUGCAAGACAUAAGGAGAACGAGGAUUCUGAUCUCACUACACGGCGCAGUGAAUAUGUGGACAUGGAGGCUUCUGGAAGAACUGGCUCUGAGGACAGAGAUCAGGUUGAUUAUCAGAACUUUCCGGUAAAGGGAAGACCCGUUAUGGGAGAGGAGCCACAAAAGACUGGUCUCAGAUCCUACAUAAAAGUGUGUGCUGGAGUGGAGGCACAAAACACUUCAUUUGACAACCCAGACUACUGGCACAGCAGACUGUUCCACAAGAAGGAUGCCGUUUGCACAUAAUUAUUGACUUCAACUGACUAACAUAAAUAAUGUGAUGUGACAGAAUGGACUGGCAGUUUCUAAGGACGUAUAUCUACCAUGUGUUCAGUAUUUGAACAUAAAUUUAUGCUAAGGUGCCAACAAAAUAAUAUACUUUAUUAUAGUAUAAAAUCACUUGUAUUGUUGAAGAUUGGCCUACCUCCACUUGUGUGUCUCUGAUGUGCAACUCCUGUGGUUUUGUAUAGAUUUAUGCUUGUUUUUUAAGAAGAUGAUUUUUGUGUACUCAAUGAGGAACCCAAAAAACCCCAAACAAUUAUUGUAUAUUGAUUUUUCUCUGUUAGUAAAAGUAAUCUUUCAAGUU